GUGCAUUUCACGAGGAUCCGUCUCCGUCUCCGUUACCUUCCUCUUUUGCAGUGUUAGGGUUUCGACGCUCUAUCCAAUUAGCAAUUACAAGCAUCCAAGCUUCUAACCACACCAAUGGCAGCGAGGCUCGCCAGUGUGAGGGGCAGCGUUUCAGGGUUCAAUAGGUGGAUUCAUUCGGUGCCCCAUUCUCCUCCUCUAGCUGCGAGCAUUGAUGUUGGACUUCGCUCGACGCAACCCCUUUUGCCCGAGUUUAGUUCGCCAAUUUUCUCUUUUGGUGGCUCUAUGGAGCUCAUGGCUGUCCCAAAACGAAAGGUUUCUCCCCAUAAAAGAGGAAUAAGGAAUGGGCCAAAAGCUCUGAAGCCUAUUCCUGUGAUUGUCCUAUGCAAGAGUUGUGGUCGUGUUAGGCUUCCACACUUCUUCUGUUGUGGCGGGAAACCAAAUAAGGGUGAUACUGGUGAACAGAAUGGUAGUACAAGCUAAUUAAGCUGUUUUCAAAGAAGCACCAGAUGUUGGUUCAUGGACAGACCCACCCAUAUGUAGGGACGUUUGGUAGUAAUGCAUUAUUUCCUUGUUUCUUAAGCAAUGGCAUUAUUGUAUCAGAUGUUUUUUGCUUUAGAAGAUAAAUGGAGUGGUUGGUGAGUAAAAUUUAUGAAUUUUGAUGAUGAUAUUUUUCUUCCAUUGAUGAAUAGCAGUUUUAGUGCUUUACUAUU